AAUAGACUAGAAGUAAACAUCAGAACAUAUGAUAAUUCCAUUCCAAUCAGUGAAUCAAGCAGAAAAUCAUGGAAUGAAAAACACUUUGCUUUGACAUUUCCCAAACCACCCCAGAGAGGUAGAAAUGAUAAAUCAAGACCUUUGAAAUCACAAGUAACAGUUACUAAGCAUGACAAAAGAAAGUCAGAAGAAGGCCAGAAACCAGCUUAUGUAUGGAUAAUGCAUUCUUUAAGAAGAAUUUUGCAAUGGCCCUCUAUUAACAUAGCUGCCAGGGAACAGACUCCAUUCAGACGUCUUUAUACUUCCAAAACCCAUCUUAAAAAUGCAGAAUAUAAAGAGUCCCAAGAUGAAAAAGGAGGAACACCUUUGAAAAAAGAUUCCAAGAAAAAAAGAGGCUCAUAUGCAACAAAUCCAGAAUCCAAGAAAACAGUAGAAGAUGAGAAAACUAAAAGACAAAAUGAGACAGUUAAAACUUCCAUAAAAUCAUCACAUGAAAAAAGACUAUCUAAAAAGUCAAAACCCAAUUUGGAAACAAAUCUGGAAUCCAAAAAUUCUAAGGCAGUCUCAAAAACUUAUUCACAGAAAGAUAAGAAAGAUUCAAAGAAUUCCGAGAAGAAAAACACUGAAUCCAUAUGUACAAAGAACAAUCCAGAGACAGAUUUGAAGAAGUCAAAGACUAGUAAUGAUGCCAUAUCAGAAAUUUGGUCAGAAAAUAGUUUAAAUGCUGAUUUUCUGAUGUUAGUAGAAGGGUCUGAUGAUGAAUCCAUAAGUUUUGAUGCAUGGUUAAGGAAUUACUCACAGAAUAAUUCAAAGAAGCCUGCAAAGAAGGACACAAAAAAGGAUGCAAAGAAAAGCUCUGGUGCUGAAUCAGAAGACUCAAAGGAUUCUGAGAAACAGUCAAAGAAAGAAAAGAAAAGUGCCAAGAAAGAUGACAAGAAAAAGGAUGUAAAGAAGGGCACAGAGUCUACUGAUGCUGAAUCUGGAGACUCAAAGGACGCAAAGAAAGAUACAAAGAAGGAUAAGAAAACUUCAAAGAAAGAUGAUAAGAAAAAGGACACAAAGAAGGACCCAGAGUCUACUGAUGCUGAAUCUGGAGACUCAAUGGAUGCAAAAAAGGAUUCAAGAAAGUCAAAGAAAGCUUCAAAGAAAGAUAACCAAAAAAAUGAUGCAAAGAAAAAUACAGUCUCUACUGAUUCUGAAUCUGAAUUGGAGUCGAAAAAGAGUCAGAAACAUGAAAAGGGGAAUAAAAAAUCUUCACAGCAAGAUAAAAAGUCUGUCAAGAAGAAUGAAGAGUCUGCUAAUGCUGAUUCUGAAUCUGAAAGAGAUUCAAAAAAGGAUAAAAAAGAUGAAAAGAAGGGGAAGAAUUAUUCAAAGAAAGAUGACAAAAAUAAGGAUGCAAAGAAAAAUGCAGAAUCUUCUGAAACGGAAUCUGAUUUGGAGUUAAAGAAGGAUAAGAAAGACUCAAAGAAGGAAAAGAAAGGCUCGAAGAAAGAUGUCAAGAAGGAUGCAAAGAGGGACACAGAGUCUACUGAUACUGAAUAUGAUGAAUCUUCCAAGACAGUCUCUAAAAAGUCUAUAAAAAUCAAAGGUUCAGAUACUGAAUCAGAAGAGUCACUGUAUAAACCUAGGGCUGAGAAGAGAGUUGAUGAAUCAAACGGCACAUCUGCAAAUUCAAAAAAGGAAGGACUGGAAUUAAAUAGAGGAUUCAAAAUGUCAUCCAAGAAGACUACAUUCAAAGAGAAAGGGGGAAAAGCAAGUACAGGUAGAGUUCCUUCAUCAAGAGAAAGACCACCACUUCCUCCUUGUGACCCGUUUCUACCAUCACCAAAGGUCAAACGUUUUUGUCUGUGCAGGAUGCCUCCUCCCUCUCCAAAACCAAGAUAUGCCCCUUUGCCUGAAGCACCGUGGAUUCAUAAGCUGCUUUAAAGAACAACUGAGCGCUUGGUUUCACAGAACGGCCUUACUACAGUAAGCACCAGCUACUGUCAAACGAGCACUUCUACCUCUGUGGAACUGAAAUAAAAACAAGCCUUCCAUGAG